AUGCGAAUGCCAAGACCCAUCGACAUGGAUUUGCUGCCAUUGCCAGCCAAUCAUGGCCUGGGGCAAGCGGCAUCGGCAACCACGCCUGUCUGGGCUCUCAAGUGGCCACCAAACCACCUUGGAUGUUUCUUCGUCGCCUUUGGGAAUUGGGUGCCAUCCCUCUUCUUGUUCUCAUUGAGGAUUACAUUCGCGUGUCCAUUUCGUUUCUUUCAGCGAAACUACCAUUAUCCUCGCGCUUCUCGAUGGAGGCGGACCACUCCUGCCGGCGAGGUCGUAGCAACAGAGAGCCCGAGUGUCUACCAGAGCAUGUACCGGAGCAUAUUCGACCGAAAGCAGGCUCCAACCAUCGACCCUACCAAAGGAAAUGGGAAAAACCCUAAGAAGGCGAGGAAUGUGUUUUUCGUGAUCUUGAGACAUGGCCAUUUAAUGCUCUAUGACGAUGCAGAACAAAUAGAAGUUCGUUAUGUGAUCUCAUUAGCUCACCACAACGUUAGCAUUUAUAAUGGCGGGGAUCCGAUACCCGAAGGGGAGCUCUGGAUUAAGAGAAACGCGAUUUGUUUGACGAGGAAGCCAGACUCGACCCCGGAUGCACUGGAAUCGAGAUCCUCUACGUUGCCGUUUUAUCUGUUUUCGGAGAAUCUUUCUGAAAAGGAAGACUUUUAUUUUGCAAUUUUGAAGAACCUUGAGAAGAUUCCAGAUUCUCCAGAUUCUCCCCCGACCCCUCAGCAUUACGACGUGAAGCAUAUAGUCACUCUUAUACAACGGCUACAUUCAUCUGAGGAACACCUUCAAACUCGAUGGAUCAAUGCCUUGAUGGGUCGGCUAUUUCUGGCGAUGUAUAAAACUCCCGAUUUUGAAUCAUUUAUCCGGAGAAAGAUCACGAAGAAGAUAUCCCGAGUGACGAAGCCUAAUUUUAUCACCAAAAUUUCUCUCCAAAACAUCGAUGCUGGGGAAGGGGCUCCGCUUAUUACUAACCCUAGACUCAGAGAUCUUACUAUCGAUGGAGAUUGCUGCGUCGAGGCAGAUGUUAACUAUAGUGGAAAUUUUCGCCUAGAGGUGGCAGCUACAGCUCGCAUCGAGCUUGGUACGCGCUUUAAGCCUCGAGAAGUUGACUUAGUACUGGCAGUUGUGUUAAAAAACCUCAAGGGUCACGGCCUAUUGCGAUUUAAACCCCCCCCUAGCAAUCGACUCUGGGUUUCGUUUGAGAGCAUGCCUCAUAUGGAAAUGUCAAUAGAACCCAUAGUCAGUACCAGACAGAUUACAUACGGUGUGAUUCUUCGUGCCAUCGAAAGCAGGAUAAGGGAAGUCGUUGCGGAAAGUUUAGUCCUUCCAUUCUGGGACGAUAUACCAUUCCUAGAUACCGAACACGAAACCUUCCGUGGUGGUAUUUGGCAUCACCCUCCAAAACGCCCGCCGAAAACUGUGAUCCCUGACGAACCUGAAGCACAACAAGAACCCCUUGACCCGGUGUCUCCGCUUGUUGCUGUGCCCAAUAAUACUGAUGCCACCAUGGCUCCGCCUUCAACGCCUGGGCCAGCUUCGUCAGCCAUAGCGAGUCGAAGAGGUUCGAAAUCCAUACCCUCGCAGCUAGGGGAAUUGGGUUCGUCGGUUUCCUCUGGCAUGGACAGAGGAAAUCGACUGGAACCCCCUCGAGCUAUUAGAUCCCGAACAUUCUCACAUGUUGCCGAUCCUGUCGUCACAGCAGAUACCGUGAAAGUAGACCAUUCCGUUUGGGAUUCAAAAUUGGAGGAAAAAGAUGCAACAGCCACCAUGAUUGAGAUAUCUAACCGCUCCCAGCCAAACUCUCCCACAGGAACGCCAGUUGGCUCACCUCCAAAAGAAGCAUCCUCAAUGCACAGAAAACAGGUGUCACCCAGAUCCAGCACUAUAUCCGACGAGACCAGACCAAUCGAUAUUACACCCCGUACACCUUCGACGCGCGAUAGUUUUUCACCAGCUACGCUGUCUAUAUCCAGUAGUCCACGAAGCUCAAGCUUUUCUUUAAAAAGUGAGACGAACAAACAAAACAAAACCUCUGGAUCUCAGCCUAUAGUUGACGUUCCAAAUAAUAAAACCCCUGAACGACAAGUUAUAGGAUCAAUAGGGUCGGCAGCCGCUGCUGCGCGAAAAUGGGGUUUGAAUGUUCUUAAACGGAAUGGAGAGCCGUCUUUAAAAGGAGACAACAAAACACUAAUGCCAGAUCAUCCUAUUGGGCGGGGACACCCACUACCUCCACCAGGCACACCUCUUCCGCUUCCAGACAAGUUUGGCUUCUUGUCUAAUCCUUCCAUACCGAAACGUAAACCAUUACCCCCGCCGCUAUUACCCGAGCGACCGCAGAAGGCUUCUCGUCCUGUACCUAAACCUCCACUUCCAAGUCGUCCUGGCUCAUCUGCAAAGAAAAGCCAAGAACAAAUGUCGGACGAGCUUUUGAUCAUCGAAGCCCCUCUUGGCUCAGAACCCACAACACCAGUUACUGAUUUUUCUCCUGACGACAAAGAAAAGGAGAACACUAACUUCGUGGAAAGUAAUUUGCCUCCAAUAGAACAUAACACAUCAGUAUCAAUGAUUGCAGAGUCACUUGGUGCUGAGAACAGCAAGGACAGUGACCUGAAAGCACAGGAAGACAGCAUGCAAUCGACAGGAACUAUGCCCUCAAAGGAUGAGGCGAUAGCAAAACCCCCCUCUGUACUAACUCACAAUGAACAAACAGACUUUCUUCUCCAUCCGUGAGCCAUAUUCCUACAUGUUGCUCAUUGUCUCAUUUUCGUUUCGUUCUGCCCACCUUAUCCAGGCGUCAUGCGAAUUUAUUUAGCUUCGUUCUUCCGUUCCCUUUUCCGUUUCCCUUACCUUUCAUUUCAUUUCCAUUCGGCUUUCUGAGGAAGAUUCAUGGGGACCAUUCAUCAGUAAGGAGUUGGGUUCCUAGAUUUUGUCAUUGACUAUUCUUUACUUGGAUUAUAGGUUUUCUUAUUAUCUACACCCUUUAGUAGGCGUAGCUGGAAUUACCGGCGGUGUAACGGCGUUACCUAGAUUAUUUAUACCACCCUGGCUUAGAUAGUAGAUGAAAUUAGAUUGUAAUCAACAUUAUCAUUUUAAG